AUGGGAGGGAUAUGGCUUGCCAGCCCAUCUAGGAUCCUGUGUUUUUCUUUUCAUGUUAUCCUCCUACUUCAGCAGACUACAGGAGAAAGAGAACUGAAGUUUGUGGUUGCAGUUUUCCGACACGGUGACCGAACACCUAUUGUAAACUUUCCAACUGAUUUACACAAAGAAAGUGAAUGGCCCCAGGGAUUUGGACAACUCACCAAGACUGGAAUGCAGCAGCUGUUUGAACUUGGACAGUACACAAGGAAAAGAUAUUCCAACUUUUUAAACAGCACAUACAAGCGGCAAGAGUUUUACAUCCAAAGUACAGAUUAUGACCGCACCAUUAUGAGUGCCCAGUCCUACCUUUCUGGCCUCUUUCCACCAACAAGCAGCCAAAUUUGGAACCCUGAGCUGCUCUGGCAACCCGUUCCAGUUCAUGUUUUACAAAAAUCUACAGACCGGAGGCUGCAUUUUCCUCUGCCUGACUGUCCCCGUUUUGAUGAACUUCAGAAUGAAACACUAACAUCUAGUGAAUUUCAAAAUAGGAUACAACCAUACAUGGAUUUCUUACAAACAAUGGCAGUUAACACAGGACUUGAACUAAAUAAUCUUAAAAUACUGGACAAUUUCCAGCUCUGGAAUACAUAUGAUACUCUACACUGUGAGGAUAUUCACAAUUAUACUCUCCCUGUGUGGGCCACAAAAGACGUAAUCAACAAGAUGGAAAAACUGGCAGAAUUGUCCCUAUUAUCACUAUUUGGGCUUUAUAACAGAGAAGAGAAAUCACGACUACAAGGAGGUGUGCUUGUGAGUACAAUUUUAAACAGUAUGAAACAAGCUGCCAAUUCUACAAAACAAAGGAAAAUGGACGUCUACUCUGCACAUGACACCACAGUUGGAGCCCUCCAGAUUGCUCUGAAUAUUUUCAAUGGAAAACUGCCACCGUAUGCCGCUUGCCAGUUUUUUGAACUCUACCAAGAAAGCAGUGGGAGAUACAGCAUUGAAAUGCAUUACCGCAAUGACACUUCAAAGGAUCCUUACCUACUCACUCUGCCAGGAUGCACCUCUUCUUGUCCUCUUGAGAAGUUUGCUGAACUAGUUUCUCCUAUGAUAACAGAAAACUGGUCAAAAGAAUGUGGGAAGAAAGACAAAAUGAAAGAUGUUCUUAUUGGAUUUGAUGUUGCUGUUGGCUUGUUGUUCAUUUUUGACCUUGUACUGCUCUACCUCCUUUAUCAUUAUGGACGCUGCAGGCGCAGAAACAAUUACCAAGACAUUUAG